AUGGACAAGCACCGCCGCGAUGAGUCUCCCUCCGGUCUAUCAGAUAUCGUCGAGUGUGACGGACUUUUAGGGACUGGCAUCACUACUCGACAUAUCGAGGCCUUUGGGAGAAAAGUCACAUCAACUGCUGGGCACUUGAUGGGCCCGUCCGGUGACCCGAGCAGCACCGCGCACUAUCAGAAUGCUAUGGUAGAUAUCCAACGAGAGCUCCGACGGCCCGGAACACAGCGCAAAGUCUUCGCCCUGGCACAAACUACGCCCACCGACUUGGUCCGCUCCAAGCUAUCGACGUCCGAGAUCCAAUCGCGUGCCAUCUCCUCGCUCCCCGAUGAACUCCUUGAGAAUAUCCCUGAAGACUCUAGCUCCUAUUCCCUGUUCCAGGGGUUCCAAGCCUCCCAGAAUGAUCACGAAUAUAGAAAAUCCCAUCGCCGGCGCAUAUCGAAGAGCAAAAAGCUGCUGAAGGACGGUGAAGGUCAUGCCGCUCUUCCGUCCGCUCCCGCCGAUCUGCAAAGGGAACGAGAUUUGUUGGGCCGCCGCAUGGAGCUGAUGGGUGUUCGCAAGAAUAUGUGCAGCUCGGAGAUUCAUGAGAUCGAUAAUAAAAUCGCAAACCUCCACAGAAUGCGUCAGAUCGUUCUGGACCGACUGGCUAAUUUAGAGAUGGAGGAAGCGGACCUGGAACACGAGAUCACUGAGCUCGAUAAUAAACUGGAAGAUAUCCAAGAGGAAGCUGUGCAAAGCCAGCCCGCAGUCACCACACCCGGCUCUUCAGAAGUCAACGACGACUCUCUCGUCUCGGAGGACCCAGCAAUGGAUGCAUCUUUCAUGUCGGAAUCUAUUUACCAGAAAAUGCCUUCACCAAAGAGUGUAAAGCAACGAUCAAUCCGGAAACGAUCUAUGCCGGUGUUGCACGAGCAUUUUGCGCCCGGCUCCGAAAUCAAACAGAUCCAGGCCCAUACCGAUGCUGUAACCGCAAUUGAUUUCGAUUAUCCAUUUGGCACAAUGGUCACAGCAGCGCUGGAUGAUACGGUGCGGGUUUGGGAUCUGAAUGUCGGUCGGUGUGUCGGGUUUUUGGAAGGGCAUAACGCAUCUGUCCGGUGUCUUCAGGUCGAAGACAAUAUCGUUGCAACGGGAUCCGUGGAUGCCUCCGUCAAGCUUUGGGACUUGAGCCGAGCGCGAACCUCGCUCAAGGAUAAGCGGGUUCAUAAGCGCGAGCAGCCAGACGAAGAUGAAUCAAACGCCGAUGAUUCCAUUUCAGUAUCGCACUCUACCAGUCUGGAGGAUUGUUUCGUGUUCUCGCUAGAUGCGCACGUCGACGAGGUGACGGCCCUGCACUUCAAGGGAGAUACGUUGGUCUCCGGAUCUGCGGACAAGACCUUGCGACAGUGGGACUUGGUGACGGGGCGGUGCGUCCAAACCUUGGAUGUUCUUUGGGCGGCGGCGCAAGCAUCAACUCUAGCAGGAGACACACAAUGGCGACCCUCUGGACGUUUACCCGAUGCUUCUGCCGACUUUGUUGGGGCUCUUCAGUGCUUCGAUGCGGCUCUAGCUUGCGGUACCGCUGACGGCAUGGUUCGUCUGUGGGAUCUCCGCAGUGGCCAAGUGCACCGAAGCCUUGUGGGCCAUACGGGUCCUGUCUCAUGUUUGCAGUUUGACGACGUACACUUGGUGACGGGAAGUUUCGACCGCAGUAUUAGGAUAUGGGACCUCCGAAUGGGAUCGAUUUAUGAUGCGUACGCUUAUGAUAAGCCGGUCACUAGCAUGAUGUUCGACACCAAGCGAAUCGUAGCUGCGGCUGGAGAGAACGUCGUCAAAGUUUAUGACAAGGCCGAUGGAAACCACUGGGACUGCGGUGCUGGGGUUGGUGCUGAUGAAACAGUAACCAGCCCUGCGAUUGUUGAGCGCGUCCGCCUCAAGGAUGGGUUCCUUGUUGAAGGCCGCAAAGAUGGAGUUGUUGCAGCGUGGACUUGUUAA